CAAACAAAUUUUGAAAACUCAUUGAAACUAGAAAGAGCAAGAAAGGUCGUUUGCUCUCACAGCAGCAAAACCCUAGCUUCCUUUCGGCGGUAACUGGACUCUCUUCUCUACUUCAUUUUUGUAUUCUCGACAUCUCUCGACCGCAUAAUGGCUGCGAUGAUGCAACCGCAGAUCAUACUGUUGAAGGAGGGAACGGACACUUCACAGGGGAAGGCACAGUUGGUGAGCAACAUAAAUGCUUGCACAGCGGUGGCCGACGUGGUGAGGACGACGUUGGGUCCUAGAGGGAUGGACAAGCUGAUCCAUGACGAUAAAGGUAACGUUACCAUCUCCAAUGAUGGCGCCACCAUCAUGAAGCUUCUCGACAUUGUCCACCCUGCUGCCAAGAUCCUUGUUGACAUCGCCAAAUCCCAGGACUCUGAGGUUGGUGAUGGAACAACUACUGUUGUGCUACUGGCAGCGGAGUUUUUGAAGGAGGCCAAACCUUUUAUAGAGGAUGGAGUCCACUCUCAAAAUUUGAUACGGAGUUACAGGACAGCUGGAAAUUUGGCAAUCUCGAAGGUAAGAGAACUAGCUGUUAGCAUAGAAGGGAAAAGUUUAGAAGAAAAGAAGAGCUUACUGGCUAAAUGUGCUGCAACAACACUCUCAUCAAAACUCAUUGGUGGAGAGAAGGAUUUCUUUGCUUCAAUGGUAGUGGAUGCUGUCAUUGCUAUUGGGAAUGAAGAUAGACUGAAUAUGAUUGGAAUCAAGAAGGUUCCAGGUGGUAAUAUGAGAGACUCUUUCUUGGUCAAUGGUGUUGCCUUCAAAAAGACCUUUUCUUAUGCGGGUUUCGAGCAGCAACCAAAGAAAUUUUUAAACCCCAAGAUACUUUUGCUCAACAUAGAAUUGGAGCUUAAAUCUGAGAAAGAAAAUGCUGAAAUAAGGCUGUCAGAUCCAUCUCAGUAUCAGUCAAUUGUAGAUGCAGAAUGGAAUAUCAUCUACGAUAAAUUGGAUAAAUGUGUGCAGAGUGGAGCAAAAGUUGUUCUUUCACGUCUAGCUAUUGGUGAUCUAGCUACGCAGUAUUUUGCAGAUAGAGAUAUCUUCUGUGCUGGUCGUGUGGCAGAAGAAGAUCUGCAACGGGUUGGUGCUGCGACCGGUGGCACGGUGCAAACUACUGUCAAUAAUGUAAUUGAUGAGGUUCUUGGAACCUGUGAGCUUUUCGAGGAAAGACAAGUUGGAAAUGAGAGGUUCAAUAUAUUUAGUGGAUGUCCAUCUGGAAGGACAGCUACAAUAGUUCUUCGUGGUGGAGCUGAUCAGUUCAUUGAAGAAGCUGAGCGGAGCUUACAUGAUGCAAUCAUGAUUGUUAGAAGAGCUAUGAAGAACUCAACUGUGGUUGCUGGUGGUGGUGCUAUAGAUAUGGAAAUAAGUCGAUACUUGAGGCAGUACGCUCGCGAUAUAGCUGGGAAGUCUCAGCUAUUUAUUAACUCUUAUGCAAAAGCUCUCGAGAUAAUCCCACGACAACUUUGUGACAAUGCUGGAUUUGAUGCUACUGAUGUGCUGAACAAAUUGAGACAAAAACAUGCACAUCCAUCUGGUGAUGGUGCACCUUAUGGAGUGGAUAUUAACACUGGUGGAAUUGCAGAUUCUUUUGCUAACUUUGUCUGGGAGCCUGCAGUUGUAAAGAUAAAUGCUUUAAAUGCAGCUACAGAGGCUGCUUGCCUCGUUUUAAGUGUGGACGAGACUGUAAAGAACCCCAAGUCUGAAAGUGCUCAAGGAGAAGCUGCUGCAAGUGCCAUGGGUGGUAGAGGACGGGGAGGAGCUUUCCGUGGUCGUGGACGCGGCAUGCGUAGGCGAUGAGCUCACCAGAUAUCGAAUUUUUGAAACAGUUAUUUGCUUUGUCAAGCUAAGAUUAAAUGGAAGAUUUUGUUUAGUUGAGAUUCUGAAAUGCUGAAGUCAAGGGUUAUCGCUUUUUUUUUUAUUUUUUUGUUAGUGGGGUGUUUUAUUAAGUUGUAUUACCUUGUGAGUUCCAUUGUCAGCAUGCCUGCUUUAUAUCGUGUAUUUAAAUGACAUCGCAUUGACAGUGUA